AUGCACAGACGCUCCUCAGGCUCCCCUGUCGAGGACGACACUGAAGAUUCCCCAAUUCGAUCUCCAGACGACCAUGGCCAAGCCAUCGAGCCGAACGAUAAAUCGCGGUCGCAAAUAGCCAGACACGGCACCAGUUUCGAUCUUCGCCGCGAUAACGGUUUCUCGAAUCCACGCUCGCGGAAUUCCAGUCUCUGGCGCACCCGUCGUCCCAACCAUCCAACGAUACCAAAACUAUGCCAUUGGGCUCGCCCCGGCUUCCUCUGGAAGCUCCCUCGCCCGAUGGCCGUCGCGCGCGCCAGUCUCGUCUGCGCAGUCCUUGGUCAAUCUCUGUUCUCACGGCGUUCACCACAUUUGCCGCCGUCGCGUUUUUAUUAUCGACAGAUGCUCGAAUUUGACACGGAGCAUACGCGCUUCGCGAGCAAGUACAAUCUCUUCGUGUACCGAGAGGAGGGCGUGGAUCCGUACACGCAGGAUAACAUCGGAUUGAAUGGUGUUCCGGUACUUUUUCUUCCUGGCAACGCUGGUAGUUACCGACAGGUCCGAUCACUGGCCGCGGAGGCCUCCCGACAUUACUACGACAUUGUCCGACACGACGAUGAACGCCAUGCGGCUGGAACGCGCAGCUUGGACUUUUUCAUGGUGGAUUUCAACGAGGAUAUGGCCGCGUUCCAUGGGCAGACGUUAUUGGAUCAAGCGGAAUAUGUGAACGAAGCUAUCUCCUACAUCCUCUCCCUUUAUCACGACCCGCGACGAACUCGACGAGAUCCUGGGUUACCGGACCCAAGCGCGGUGAUCCUGAUCGGUCAUUCCAUGGGUGGAAUUGUGGCUCGCACUGCCCUGACCAUGGCCAACUAUCAGGCCAACUCGGUCAACACGAUUAUCACCAUGUCUGCCCCGCACGCGAAACCACCAGUGUCGUUUGACUCCGAUAUCGUCCAUACCUACAAGCAAAUUAACGACUACUGGCGUGAGGCUUACUCACAAACGUGGGCCAACAACAAUCCAUUGUGGCAUGUGACGUUGAUCUCAAUUGCGGGCGGUGCGCGCGACACCGUGGUUCCGUCUGAUUAUACCAGUAUCACAUCACUCGUGCCUGAGACGCAUGGAUUUACCGUCUUCACAUCUUCUAUCCCUGAUGUGUGGAUCGGCAUGGAUCAUCUAUCGAUCACCUGGUGUGAUCAAUUCCGGAAGGCGAUUAUCAAGUCACUCUUCGAUAUUAUUGACGCCCGGCGUCCAACUCAGACGAAACCAAGAGCUGAGCGUAUGCGAUCACUCAAGCGGUGGUACUUGACUGGAUUAGAGGCCGUCGCUGAAAGGACGUUGGCACAGAAAGAGCCAAACACUCUAUUAACUCUUGAAGACAAUGCCAACACAAUCCUUGCUCAGGGCCAGCGGCUUAUCCUCCGCGAACUGGGCUUGCAGCAUGGCCCGGAUGUUCGACUAUUGCCGAUUCCGCCUCAGGGUGUAUCGGGCAAGAAAUUUACGCUCCUGACAGACCAAACCUUGGAUAAGCAGGGAAAUAUCGAAGUGUUAUUCUGCAGCGUGUUCCCACUUAACAAUGGCCGAUCCGCCAUCUUCUCCAUGAAUUUGGAUUUCUCUGGAGGUACUGUGGGCUCGACCCGCCUGGCUUGUAAGAGUGCGGCGGAAGAUGUCAUUCAUCUUCCUGCUUCGACCCCGUCAUCGAAGGACGCGUGGGAGCGUGUACCGCCAUUCUCCUACCUUCAGUAUGAUCUGGAGGGACUUGCAGAGCACCAGUUUGUGGCUGUUGUGGACAAGGCCAAUGUACCCACACCGGGCUUCUUGGUCGCAGAGUUUUCGGACAGCUCAGAUUCGAUGAUUCGGGCCAAGGUUGGCCUUGGCAGUUUGCUGGGUGCAGGUCUCAAGAUGAGACUCCCCGCCAACAUGCCCAUGCUCACUGAAGUGCAAGUCCCAGCAUUGCACUCUAGUCUUCUUGACUACCGACUCAAGAUCACUCGGCACCCACAAAAGGAGGAGCUUUUCGCUCCGCUGCUUCGACAGUCCAUCCUUGACCCUCAUGAAUCAAAAUUCUUCGUGAAUGUCGACGAAGUCAAUGUCAACCUGCACGGAAUUGCACCGUAUAUGCCAAUGCCGGUGCGUGAGCAGGCCGCUAAGGGUGGUGUGUCAUUCCAACUAUGGACUGAUCCUAGCUCUGGCUCGACAGUCGACAUCUCCCUACAAGUUGAUCUUACUAGCAGUCUCGGCGAGUUGGUGAUGAGAUACCGCACUGUGUUUGCAGCCUUUCCGCUGCUGGUUGUAGCUCUUGUGCUCCGGAAGCAGUUCCAAGUCUACGACGAGACUGGUUCGUUCAUCCCCUUCAACGAUGGCCUCGAUCGCGCCUUGCGCUCCUCCUCCCAUUGUUCCCUCCCUCAGUCCGAUGACCCUUUCCAUUGGCGAACAAAUUCGACUGAAACUCCUCUUGACUUUACGAAGAAUGAUCUUCUCCUGGGAUCACAAGAUGCAUUCUUCUGGUUCCUGAUUCCGAUCUUUGGUCUUAUCAGCGUUGGUGUUUGCGUCUUAGUUAAUUAUGCCGCUCUUCUUCUCGUCAACAUCUUCUCCCUUAUUUACGGAGCCGUGAACAGCAAGUCAGGCUAUAUUCGGCGUGAAGAUCGAGGGAAUCUCCCAAUUUUCAGUUCACCUACCCCUCGGCGACGCGUGAUUCAUACCGCAGUCCUGCUCAUCCUUGUCUCGACGAUUAUCCCGUACCAGUUUGCCUACAUGGUUGCCUGUAUCGUGCAGCUGGCCACGACUGUGCGGGCACAGUGGCAUGCAAAGGAGACCAGGUCCUCCCAGCACAUCAAUUUCAGCAACUACGCGCAUUCCAUCCUCGUCCUGAUGUUGUGGAUCCUGCCCAUAAAUGUGCUGGUGCUUCUGGUUUGGGCCCACAACCUUGUGGUGCACUGGUUCAUGCCCUUCUCCUCCCAUCACAACGUGCUGUCUAUCAUGCCGUUCCUCCUCCUCGUCGAGACGAUGACCAGUGGUGCGAUGAUCCCGCGGAUCGUGAAUCGGUUCAAACACGUCACCUCCGUCAUCUUCUUUGCCAUCGCCGUGUACUCCGCCAUCUACGGCGUGACGUACGCCUACCUGCUCCACCAUCUGGCCAACCUCCUCUCGGCCUGGUUCGUCGGUAUUUAUCUUGUCGGCAACAACUUCUCCCCUCGUCGUCUCUGGCGCAUCAUCGACGGCGACGAGCUCCCCUCUGAAUCAGGGAGCCGUCACGUCAAGAAGAAGCCAUGA